CUGCUGCGAUGGCAGGGGCUUUCGUCGUCAAGUGCUCCAUCUUCCCCGACGAGCGCACCGAGAUCGUCUUCGGCGACGGAUCCAGCCUGAUCGUCCAUCCGAACGCAUCGCUGGCGAGUUACUUCGACGCUGAGGGCGUCAGGCAGCGGCUGCGGACAGAGCACGUCACAUCGCAGCUUCGCGAGAAGGUCAGGACCGCCUUUGAAGUGCGUAAUCGGUAUGCUUGGCGGCCCUGGUGGAGCAAAGAGGUGGUGGAGAGGGCUGGGGCAAAGGUCGACUUAGUACAGGUGAGGGAGGAGUGAUGUAUGCUGCUAUGUGAUGCCUUCCUGCAGUGCAGUGCAAUGUCUGUGUCUGUCCUAUCUGUCUUCUCAGGGGUGGCAUCGCAUUUGCAGUUUCGCGUGGCCCGAUAG